GAUCAUUCUUUUAAACUAGUAGACGAAGAUGACAGCACAUCAAAUGGCAACAAGCCCGUGGCAUCCACUCCAGUGCCAGGAUCACCGUGGUGUGUAGUCUGGACUGGAGAUGACCGGGUCUUCUUCUUCAACCCUACAAUGCAGCUGUCAGUCUGGGAGAAGCCGGUGGACCUGAAGCACCGCGGUGACAUAAACCGGAUCAUCGAGGAUCCUCCUCACAAGCGCAAGCUGGAAGCUGCAGCAACAGACAAGUGUGUUAGUUCUUGUCCAGGGGAUGAAAAUGAUGAUCUUAGCAUCAAAACUAAGAGAAAUAAAACAGAAGAUUCCCAAGCUGCUGACCAGGGGAGGGCUGAAACAGAGGAGAAAAGUGAGGAAACAUCAGCACCUCAGAUCACGCCUCCCCUAGAAGAGCGCAUCACUCAUUUCCGAGACAUGCUUCUGGAGAGAGGGGUUUCAGCGUUUUCUACAUGGGAAAAAGAGCUACACAAAAUAGUAUUUGAUCCACGCUACCUUCUGCUAAAUUCAGAGGAACGUAAACAGAUAUUUGAACAGUUUGUCAAGACCAGGAUCAGAGAAGAGUACAAAGAAAAGAAAAAUAAAUUGUUGUUAGCCAAAGAAGAAUUUAAAAAGCUCCUGGAAGAAUCCAAGUUAUCGCCAAGAACGACGUUUAAAGAAUUUGCAGAGAAAUAUGGAAGAGAUCAGCGGUUUCGCCUUGUUCAGAAGAAGAAGGAUCAAGAGCAUUUUUUCAAUCAGUUCAUACUUAUUCUUAAAAAGAGGGACAAAGAAAACAGGAUAAGGCUACGGAAAAUGAGAUAA